GUGUUCCAUGUUUUCCCCUCUCAACCCCUGUCGACUCUCUCUCUAAGCGCCUGUCGACUCUCUCUCUAAACCCUGUCGAGAAAAAGCCAGCUCGCCGGAAAAAUCAAGAAAUGCCUCGUCGAUCUUCUCCAUUAAUUUUAGCAUUCGUGAUCGUAGCCCUCCUCUUCCUCUUCCCCCUCCAUUGUCUUGCUCGACACUUCGUCCUUGUCCUCGAGAAGGACGACCUCAAAGAUAACCCGUCGCCAGAAAACUCCGACGACCAAUUUUCCGGGGAUGAAAGCGCCGGAGAUUCGAUUGAAUGGGAUGAAUUUGGAGAUUCGGACUCCAAGUCAGAAGAAGAGCUGGACCCUGGCUCUUGGAGACCAAUCUUAGAGUCAUCGGAUUCAUUUGCCCGGAAUUUUACCCCGGAAUCUGACGACGGGUUGUACUUUUCCGGCUUGGGGAAACUGAUUAAUGGGGUUUCCAAAGGAGAGGUGGAGCUUGUUGAGGAAGCGGCCAAGGAGUUUGUUGUUGCUUCUAAUGGUGGGCAUGCGCAUGCACAAUCCGUUUUAGGGUUUCUCUAUGGAUUGGGAAUUGGGGUCAAGCGCAGUGAUUCAAAGGCUUUUCUAUAUCAUAGUUUUGCUUCUGCUGGUGAGAAUAUGCAGUCAAAGAUGGCUCUGGCUUAUACUUACUUCAGACAAGAGUUGUUUGAGAAUGCUGUUGAGCUCUACGCGGAACUAGCAGAAACUGCAGUGGCUAGCUUUCUCAUUUCAAGAGACUCACCCAUUGUAGAACCAGUCAGGAUUAAUGAUGGUUCUGAAGAGAAUAAGGAGGCACUGCGAAAAUCUCGUGGGGAAGAGGAUGAUGAUUUCCAGAUAAUGGAAUAUCAGGCACUAAAAGGGAAUGCAGCUGCUAUGUAUAAACUUGGCCUCUUCUAUUAUUUUGGCUUGAGAGGGGUAAGGCGUGAUCAUGCAAAGGCCUUAUCAUGGUUUUUGAAAGCAGUUGAGAAGGGCGAGCCAAAUUCUAUGGAACUUCUUGGAGAAAUAUAUACUAGAGGAGCUGGAGUUCCGAGGAACUAUACCAAGGCUUUGGAGUGGCUUACACUUGCAUCCAAGCAGAAACAUUUUUCUGCCUAUAAUGGCAUUGGGUACUUGUAUGUCAAAGGCCAUGGAGUGGAAAAGAAGAAUUUCACAAAGGCCAGAGAAUAUUUCGAGAGGGCAGCAAAAAACGAUGAACCUAGUGGGCAUUAUAACUUGGGAGUUCUAUAUCUUAAAGGCAUCGGUGUGAAGAAAGAUGUGAGGGUAGCUAGCAGGCAUUUCUUAACAGCUGCCAACUUUGGACAACCAAAGGCAUUUUACCAAUUAGCAAAAAUGUUCCAGAAAGGAAUAGGCUUCAAAAAGGAUCUAGCAUUGGCAGCGACAUUGUACAAAAUAGUUGCUGAGCGAGGACCUUGGGGUUCCUUAUCUCGUUGGGCUCUUGAAGCAUACUUAAAGGGUGAAAUUGGUAAAGCGUUACUGUUAUACUUGAGAAUGGCUGAGCUGGGAUAUGAGGUGGCACAAAGUAAUGCUGCAUGGAUUCUUGACAAAUAUGGGGAACGAAGUUUGUGUAUUGGGGAGUCAGGAUUUUGCACAGCUGCUGAGAGGCAUCAGCGUGCACAUUCUUUGUGGUGGCAUGCUUCAGAGCAGGGUAAUGAGCAUGCUGCACUUCUCAUCGGGGAUGCCUACUACUAUGGCCGGGGAACUGAAAGGGAUUUUGAGCGUGCUGCUGAGGCCUACACGCAUGCACAUUCUCAAUCUAAUGCACAGGCUAUGUUCAACCUUGGAUACAUGUAUGAACAUGGCCAAGGGCUUCCUCUUGAUCUUCAUUUAGCAAAACGGUACUAUGAUCAAGCCUUAGAAAACGAUCCUGCUGCUAAGCUGCCUGUCACCCUUGCUCUUAUGAGCAUCUGGAUAAGGAAGAACCAUGCUGGUAGUUUUAUGGUUGAAAUAAUAGAUUCACUUCCUGAAAUGUAUCCCAAAUUUGGGGCAUGGAUUGAGACGAACAUCAUGGAUGAGGGUAAUGCUACCAUCAUUACUCUGUUUAUCUGCCUUUUGACAGUCCUCUACCUCAGAGAACGGCAACGACGGCAAGCAGUUGUCCCACCUCCCCCUGCUGAUAACAUUGCUGGUUAACAUGGUAAAUCCAUAAGAUUAGCAUGUUUGCUGUAUCCAAAUUCAUCAUACAUGAUGCAUGAUAUGAGCAAGAGUUAGAGAAGGGCAAAUUCCUGUCCCUUAGGCGAGCUCAAUGGGGAAAUUGUAUUCAAGAAUCAAUCGUAGUGAGAAGAUUUUGCACAGUAAUUGAAUUCCCGGCUAAAAAAAUGCAGAAAUAUUGAUGUCAAAAUAUGCCGUUGUGCCAAACAUUUUUAAUUUGUGGUGAAUGUCUAUCGGUAUGCAGAAAGUUUAUAUAAAGUUGACUCCUUACGAUGUAGAUUUUAGGUGCACCUACAAAAGCCUUCGAGUCUUUGGAUAUUGGAAAAAUAUUUAAUGAUCAUCUCGACAUUGAGAUGAAUGUAUAUGGAGAAAAAAAGAUUUCUUGCA